AUGGCAGAUUUUGAAUCGCCAGACCCAACCAUGGAUGAGAGCGCUGUGCAGGUGGCUGCAGGCUCUCUCAGCUGGGUCUCUGCAGCGGGAACCGAUCGCCGGGUCGAUUUGAAAGGUAUUGUGGGUGUCGUGCGGAACCCGAGCUCAUCGCCUGGGUAUCGCCGCCCAAAGCGAGGGGGAAACAAUGACUCGCUCACUCGUCUUUCAAAACUUGAUAUUUCGACUCUACCCUCGGGCUUAUCUCCCUUCCUUGUGGAUGUUCCAAGCCACCUUCGACGAGAAGAGCCCGUCCAGGUCGUGAUAUCAACCCGGAGUGGCACGGGUACAGCGAAAGCUGUCUUUCACGACAUCGUGGAGCCAUUUCUCCAAUACAUGGGACUUGAAUAUCGAGUCUUUGAAACGCAAUCAGCUCAGACAAUCCUCGAACUUUCCCGAUCGCACUUCUUGAAAAAUGCCUGCGCGGGGAUCCCCCAGACCAUUCUUCUGCUGUCUGGCGAUGGGGGUUUAGUCGAUCUUGUCGAUGUCUUUUACAAAUCCACGAACACACUUCAUGUGGCUCCGGACAUUGGUAUAAUCCCCUGUGGAACGGGAAAUGCCAUGGCCAGCUCUAUCGGAUUACGAUCAGGACCAGCCUCUGGCCUCCAAGCCCUGCUCCGGGGCCAGCCUUGUCCUGUUCCAAGCUUCGCGGCCAGAUUCUCCCCGGGAAGCCAGCUCGUGCUAGACGAAGGCAGAAAGCGUGCUCCGGUUGACUUCCUGUCAGAUGGCCCUCAUCAAACAAUUUACGGGGCGGUGGUGGCCAGUUGGGGUCUCCACGCUGCACUAGUCGCCGACAGCGAUACGGCCGAGUAUCGAAAAUUCGGAUCGGAGAGGUUCAAAAUGGCUGCAAAAGAGCUUCUCCAUCCAGCCGAUGGCACUUCUCCACAUCGCUUCCAGGGUCAGAUUACAAUGACCACAUCAGAUGCCCAGACGGGGGAGAAGAGCCAAUAUAUCCUCAAAGAGAGCGAGCAUAUGUACGUGCUGGCUACUCUAGUCCCCCGUCUAGAGAAAGAUUUCCUAAUCUCUCCCUACACGGAACCACUGGGUGGACAAAUGAGAUUUCUUCGAUUCGGGCCUUUAUCUGGAGAUGAAGCGAUGCGUUUGAUGAUGUUGGCGUAUCAAGGGGGAAAGCAUGUACAGGAUGAUCUGGUUACGUAUGAGGAGAUUGAGCGGCUUCGCAUCGAUUUCCAUGAAGAUUUGGAACGGUGGCGGCGGGUUUGUAUUGAUGGGAAGAUUGUUGCUGUUGGUCAGGGAGGUUGGAUGGAACUUUCGAAGGAGCCUAGACCUCUUUUGAAUAUUAUCAAGUCAGGUGAGUGA